AUGUAUGUUAGAGAUGAGUAUGAUAAUCGGAGAUUACACCACUCCUCAGACGUGGAAGUUCUUGCUGUGCAGAUCAAUGUAUGCCAACAACCAUUGACCAUAUUCGGCGUUUACCGAGCGCCAGCGGUACCUGUAAGCUUCUGGUCGAUCCUCACUGACUUGAUCGACGACUCGCUGAGACGUGCACCAGCCUCCACCUGCUCUAUUGUUCUAGGAGAUUUCAAUGUGAAUGUACAAGAUCCUAAUCAUACACACUACUCUCAUCUACAAACACUCUGUAGUGAUUUCGACCUCCGAAAUGUUGUCACCUCGCCAACCAGAUAUCCAAGCGGAACAACGAUAGAUCUAGUAUUAGUACCCAACUCCACUUUCACCACACCACCUGCAGUACUCAGCGGGACUGAUAUUGUCUUCAGUAGCUCGACUGUAAUUGCGUGUGAUAUUUCAGACCAUAAUCUGGUUCAUGUUCAUUUCACCGUCCAUUCUGAUGCUCAGCCACACCAGACGAGUAGACAAAUACAGAUACGUAAGCCACCAGUUCGGUCUCUGAAUAUCAUAGAUUUCCAAGAAACAGCCACUGAGAAAAUGUUCAACCUGUCCCACCACGCUAGUGCCUCAUCGCCAGAGUCUCUAAACACACGCAUUGUACAUUGGCAGACUGCAGUUCAGGGUGCACUAGACGAGCAUUGCCCUGUUAAACGUGUGAAUAUCAAGAAAGCAUACGCUCCAGCCCCAUGGAUGGAUGAUGAACUCCGCCUUCUAUUGUUUAAGCGCAAACGGGCGCACCGUGCAAUGCUCAGACACCCAGACCAGUCAGAUCUCGUACAACAGUUUAGAGCACUUCGCAGGCAAUGCAAAUACCUAACUAGAAAGAAACGGUCGACAUACUUCCAAGAACAACUUGUCUGCCACAGAGGCCACCCAAGAGAACAGUGGGGUAUUAUAAACAAUCUACUUGGCAGAGCUAAAGCAAAUCAGGAACCUGCUGCUAAUGUCUCCGACAUCACAAAGACAUUUGCGAAAGUCGUGAACGAUCCCUCGAUUUCUGAUAGUGCACCUUGCAUGCCCCACGGCCCUCUACCUGAAUACUCAUUAGCUCAGUUUUCAUCAGUCAGUGUUCCGGAAGUGCAAUACUACAUCCAACGCAUGAAAAGCCGUAAAGCCACCGGACCAGACAAUGUUCCAGUUGCUGCUUACAAGUUAAUCAACGAUGAGCUCGCUCCCUCACUAUCCAAGUUGUUAUCUGAAUCUCUGACGUCUGGUGAAUUCCCAGCUCCGUACAAGUGA